CUUCUGGGUUCCCCGCUGAUUCGCCGAGCGAGUCAUUAACAGACGGGGCGCGUUUCGUGGUCGCCCUAGAUUCCCCGAGUCCUCCGGGGGGAGGGGGGUUUGUUGCGAUGCUUCAAAAGUGUGCGUACAGCACGCGGAGAUUAAGUACCUCAGCCUCGUACGACUAUUGUGGUUUACAGUUAGGGACGAGCUAAUUGUGUUGUUGAUGGCGAGGAACGCUGCGUUGCGGGUCUCUUGUCUCUUGCGGUGGAACUUAGGCGGGCCGGCAGUGUUGUUGUUCGCAGCUCAGCGUCCGCAUUGUUCUAAGUAGCACAAACUCAUUUGCAUGCGCAUUGUCGUCAAAGCGUCUUGGCUUCUACCUCCCGGCGAGCUUCUUUCCCAGUGACGACUUCGUGUCUGCUUGAGACAAACCGGAGCGGACAAAUCAAGUUUGUGUCAAGACUCGUUCGUCAGUUCCCAGGCACAGAGGAUCCAUUGAUUGCAAAGUGCACAUCAAUACACAAUGAGGCGCGUUGGGAGCGCCGUCUUCAGUCGCCUUGGCCCUGCCCUCGUCUCCCUGGCCCUGCGCUGCCUGGUCCUGGUCCUGGUGACGGUCCUACUCGGAUUCGCCCCUUAUUGCCAGGCGGUGCAGGCGGAGAACGUCACCGUUUUGGAAGGGGGCACGGCCCAGAUCUCCUGCCGCCUGCAGAACUACGACGGAUCGAUUGUGGUUAUCCAGAACCCUCGCCGGCAGACCCUGUUCUUCAACGGAACGCGGGCCCUAAAAGACGACCGCUUCCAGAUGGUUCUCUUCACGCCGCGGCUGGUGCGCAUCACGUUGACCAACGUGAGCGUGUCGGACGAGGGCGGCUACUUCUGCCAGCUCUACACGGACGCCACGCACCACCAGGUGGCCACGCUGGCCGUGCUGGUCCCCCCUGAGACACCCACCGUGGAGGUGAAGCAGGACGCCGUGGAAGGCGGCGAGGUGGAGCUCAGCUGCGUGUCGCCCCGCAGCAAGCCGGCCGCCACGCUGCGAUGGAUGAGAAAUGGCCGGGAGAUUCCUGGUGUGGUUUCCCAGCAGGACAACGGGAAGACCUUCAGCGUAUCCAGCACCAUCCGGAUCCCGGUUGAGAGGAAAGACAACGGGGCGGCAUUGAGCUGCGAGGCGUUCCACCCGGCGCUGGGCAGCCAGAAGAGGAUCCGGCACUAUCGCCUUGAUGUGUACUUUGCACCGACCGUCAGGAUCGUCCCACCUACUGGCAUUUUGCGAGAGGGCGACUCGCUGAGCCUGACCUGCUCCGUUACUGCCAACCCUCUGUAAGUGUGCG